CUUGAUACGCAAUUUCCUUCCUUCUCUGGUGGAGACAUCACAAUGUCUCGAUGUUGCCGCCCGCCUCAUUUGCCUACUGUGGACUCCAAGGAGCCGCGCCGGUUAAAUCACUUGCUUUCUGCUCUCCGGAGGCAAUUCUUUCUCACCUCCAGGCUUGGACGCAAAACAUCUCGGGUAGGGUAAUGGUCGGCUCCCGAGACACACACAACUAUCAGCCUGUUCACCCCCUGGAAUGUGGCAGUGAGGGGUUCGAAAUACGCCUUACUGCAUCACAGCUGGGUCCACGACAUGAUCGGAUUGGUUGCCUUCCUUCCAUGCAGCCUGACCAUGUUGCCAGCCUACGCUGCCUAGAUGGCGGAGUCGGUCAAAAUGCGGGUGCAAUCCGAAUUUCAAGAUUGAGUCCUUUAAUACUCUCGUUUAUUCCAUGAACAAUUCAGUACAGUGAAGCCCCGAACGAGCUCAUCGCCAUCGUCUUCACUGAAAUCACCUGCCAUGCACCAAAAUCCAUGUUCCAACCCUGCAUGUACCGAUCUCGUCUUUCGCUGCUGGAAGAAAGGCGAUGGAAACGAAUGGGAGACAACCACGAGGACCGCCGGCGACAAAAACCGACGUCUCUUGCCGAAUAGCGACUUCAACGUGUGCAUUGUUGAGGCCAAGGCCCAGAAGAUCCGUGAGUGUCCAGUCUGCAAACGACACUUUGCGGAAACAUUCGCCAUCCCAGACCUCUGGUGGAAAAGAUAUUGCAGAGACUCCAACGGUUAUUUUGGCUAUCAGACCACCAUAGACGACGACGGCAACACGACCGCAUUGA